CACGACACGACACGACACUUGUGUUCAAACCAUGACUUGUAUGCAACCAAGACACCCCCAAAUUAAAGUCACUGUUUCACAAUUCAGUUCAUACCAACUCAUCACUAUAAAAAUUGCAAGAGCCCCUCUGUCUCUGUAGCCAUUCUUUUCCACCACAAGAUAAGAAAAAAGAAAAAAUGUUUGCAGGGAAAGGGGCUGUUUGGUUCUCCAGAGCGGUGGCGUUGGCAGCAAUCGCGGUGGUAGCUUGCGUUGGGCUUACACAGGCCCAACCCGAGGCCAGGUUCAACUGCAACAGCGCGAACAUCCCCACGUGUCGCGCGCUCAUAAGCUACUCUCACCCGAACACCACCACCCUCGGCGACAUCCAAAAGCUCUUCAACGUGAAACACAUCCUCGACAUCGUGGGAGCGAACAACCUCCCAAGCAACGCCACAAAAACAUACGCGGUGGGCCCCAACGAGGUUGUGAAGGUCCCUUUCCCGUGCAGGUGCAGCAACAACACGGGACUCUCGGACCGUGUUCCGCUGUACAGGAUCAAGAAGGGGGACACGCUGUACGGCAUCGCGACGACGACGUUCGCGGGUCUGAUGAAGUGGCCGCAGAUCCAGGUGGCCAAUAACAUAGCCGACGCGAAUAAUAUCACCACCGGGGACAUGCUUUAUAUUCCGCUGCCGUGUAGCUGCGACGAGGUGGGUGGGAAGAGUGUGGUGCACUAUGCGCAUCUUGUGGCGCCGCAGAGCACCGUGGAGGGGAUUGCGGAGGAGUUUGGUACCACUCAGCAGAUACUGCUCAACCUUAAUGGGAUUUCUGACCCCAAAAAUCUUCAGGCAGGGCAGAUUCUCGAUGUUCCCCUCCAAGCUUGUUCCUCGAAUGUGAAAAAUGAUUCAUUGGACUAUCCCUUGCUUGUCCCAAAUGCUACUUACGCCUAUACUGCCCAUGAAUGCGUCAAAUGCAAGUGUGACUCCAGUAACAAUUUCAUAUUACAAUGUGAGCCAUCCCAACUCAAACCAACCAACUGGUCUGUUUGCCCCUCUAUGGAAUGCUCAGCCAACGUCUUGAUUGGCAAAACCAUUUCCUCAGAUUCCUGCAAUCGCACAACCUGCGCCUAUACUGGUUAUAGAUUCCACAAUAUCUCUGCAGAAGCUGUAACUGAGAACACUUGUGCUGUGCCGCCGACUCCGAGUGGUUCAGGAGGAUCAACUGGUUCUGAUUCAGGAGCGUCAAGGACCACCUUGCAAGGCUUGUUUUGGAGUAAUCUUUUCAUUGUCAUUCACUUUGUCCUCUUUCUUGUCUAUGUUUUGUAGUAAAAUAGAAUACCCUGCACUUCCGCAGCUAUUUUUUAUAAUAGAUUAGUCCACUCUGUAAUUUGCUGAGUUCAGAUAGAUUGGUUCGUGUUGUGAGUGUUGCAAUAACUGAACCUUUUGUGUUUUUCCUUUGCAAUAUUUGUAUCUUAAAUAAAUAAAUAUGUUCCGAAGAAUAAGAGUGAUGUCUAAUCUAUUUUAAUGUGAUUAAAAUAGUUCA